CUGGACAAGAGAAUAGGCUGCGCUGUUCUUGAAAUGGUCUCAAUAAGGCUGUGUGCAGAAGGGAGGAGUUGCUGUUUCAAGGCAUGCCUCAACAAGCCAGUCUGACUUUCAAUGAAGUCACCAUUGGAGCACAAUACUGGAAGGAAGGAAGGCAGAGCUCACACCAGGCUCAAGGGUUUUCUAGGAAAUCCCGCCCCACAGUGACACAGCAAGGGGAGCCUCCUCUUAGCAGAAAUGAAAGUGAAAAUAAGACCAGCCGAAGCAGUCAGACAGAAAGAGGAGCUGCAGAGCUUGUCUGGACAAUUAUAUGCUGCUAUGGACUUCAGGACUUGUAUCCUCGCUUGCUGCUUUCUCUGCACCGGAAUCAUCAGGCACCUCGACGGGCUUGCGGCAGCAGGUUCAACCUCCAGUCAAAGCAGGCGGCUAUUCUGUUCCUUGGAGACACGAGAAGUCAUCCCGUUAUCGAGUGAAGUAAAGUACAAUAGACAGGAUGCCUGGCUCCUGCUGGGAAGAGAGAAAUCAAACGGCGAUGUGCAGAGAGAUGACCCAGAAAAUCCUCCUCCUGACGGCACGGUCCUGUUUAUCAUCAAAGAGUCGUCAGUGGAUAUUCUUCGGCAUGCAGACGGGGAUAACAACAAGCUCGAGUGUAAGAUUAGCCCGUAUUUCACAGAUAACACCCAGAUUCUCUGGCCGGGGGUGGCAUCCAGAUCUGCUGAAUUAAACCCGUGGUUCACUGGCACAAUAAAGCACGUGGAUAACAAGUUCACCAUGACGGUCUUUUUCGUCCAAUCCUCAAGUACCCACAAAGUGGAAGAUGGCCAGAAGCCUGGAAGCCGUGCAGAGAGAUUGCAUGCCUCAGGCGUGUUCCUGGUACGUGCUGGGCCUUCUGUCGUUCAUUCUGGCUUGAAGAAGGACGUCCUCCUCAACUGUGCUUUCUCAGUCAAUCACCACGCAGAUCUAACCAUCAAAUGGGUAUUGCUUCGGAAAGGGGGAAGCAAGAAAGUUUUAUUUGCUUACAAGGUCUCCACCAAGAAGGUGGAGCAUCAGGAUAAACGAGUGGAGGCGUUCCUGGCCGAGAUCCCCCGGGGAAACGCCUCGCUCUUACUAAGAGGGGUGGAAGUGAGAGAUGAAGGAAACUACGUGUGCUCAGUGGCUGCGUCUUCACUUCUUGGGGAGCGGGACAUCAGGCUGCAAGUGCUAGAAAAACCGACAGUGAUGCUCAAUGCUGACUCCCUGUCCUUGGUGGAAGGAGAAGAACAGAAGCUGGUCUGCGACGUUAAAAACUUCUAUCCUCUGGACGCUCAGGCACAGUGGUUUCGGGAGUCGAAGAAGCGAGGCAUGCUCCCAGAUGUGAUAAAGCACGUUCUCUUUAGCAGCCACAGGGAGAACAGCAAUGGGACUUACAGCUACUCCAGCUACUUCUUGCUUACAGCCUCACUCGAGGAUGAUGGGCUCAAAUACACUUGCCACGUGGCCCACCAAAGCUUGACGUACCCAAUCAAGAAAAGUGUGAUGCUGAGAGUCACAGGGGCAGAAUCUGUCUGGCCCUUUGUGGUCCUAGGUGUCCUAACUGUGCUUGCUGUGACGGCGUGUUGGUAUCUGUACAAAGUGACGACUGCCAGUCAGCCCAGACCCUACUAGAACACAAGGCUUUUCGCUCCGGGCAGAACAGUGUUGCCGAUCCCCUUUGCUACAGCUGAAAUGCAGCCAAAAGUGGAAAGAAAGCCUGCAGUUGCCGUCGCACUGUGGCCGGAUCUCCAUUGCUUUAGUUGUACCUGGUGUCUGGAAAAGCCCUACCCCGGACUCUGACUCCUUUUCGGUCAUUGAGACUCAGAAACGCUGCUCCUGGCAGGGGGAGAGUGAGAAAUUGGCCGUGCAGCACACAAAGUCUCCGAGGUAUAAAUAAGAUGCAUGGGAACUUGUUGGACGACACAAUGGAGAGAGAGCAAUUCAGAGGGCUCUUAGGCUUUGUCUAUACAUGGUGUGCACUGGUUAACAGGGUCUUUAUUUAUUGUUCCAACUGGUGAUGGUUAUAGAGGCACUUUAGUCCCCUCCUGUACAACAUAACCUCAUCUGUGGUGCGGGGGGGGAUUUGUACUGCAUCCUUUAGGCUGCCAUAAUCCAAACAGUGCAGCUGUCGUGUAGAAGGGACCUUAGACGAGUUCCGUCUUAAAUUUGGGGGUCUGAUUCUUGCCCUGCAAUUCGGGUUGUCACUCGCACAACUGCACACCAGCUGUAACAGAUUUUCCACCUGAUGUUGCAUUCGUUUUGCUCCCCUGAAAAUAACUGCACACAGCGAAGUGGAGAGCAGGGUCCUUGAGGGGCUUGAAUCCAGCAUUUACCAGUCACCAGAUGGGCUGUGCUUGUGUAUUGGGAGUUUUUUUAAAGCCACUCUUCAGCAUUCAGGUACGUUCUCCCGAUAACUGAACUGGACGGGAGUUUAUCUCUGCUCUCUCCUCACUGCAGCAGUGGCCUCCAUUCUGGUGCUUCACCACUGCUUGCCUUAUGACCUGGACACAUGACAUUAAUGUGAAUUCCCUUGACUUUGGUGCAACAAAGAAUGCUUUACCUCGGAGGAAGAACAGCAGGGACAAUAACGUGACGUAAGUUAUGCUACUGUAAGUGUUCAGCAGCCCAGGAUGACUGUGGACGUACUUUUGCUCAGUGCAAACAGACCACAUAAUGGUAUAGUGCCAUAAUAGUGCCUACUGUGACAGCUACCCGGGGACAAAUGAUCAUCUGUCUGCUCCAAAUCCCAGUACAAAUUUAGUGCAAAUAUGGCUGUAAAUAAUAUCAGUGUUAAUGUAUUGUAUGUUCUGGCCCCGACUGCAUUUCUGAUCUGGAACAGCCUUGCGUAUCCUGAUGCUUUCACAGAUGUUUUAGCUUUCCAAACAUGCCUUGCUUUGUUUUAAGGACAAGGAUUUCUUAGGGUGAUCUCUUUUGUUAGGACAGAUUUAGACUAGCAUUGAAUGCAAGACAUUCUUCAUUGCUUUGUUGUACUGAUUGUUCUGUUCUAGUCCUCAAAAUGUUUUGAUGUAGCUGCAAUGUAGACAGUUCUGUCACCCUGCUUUCUCAAGUGUAUCAUGUGUUUUCUGCCUGCCAUUAUUCACUUUGUGUGUGUCCUGAAUAUGGUUUGGGGCAGGUGGGGGGUGGAAAUAAUACAGAACACAUAUGGGUCACCGCUGGGCAGAGAUUCUUUUUUUGGAGGAACUGAUUGACUGCUUACUCUGGUUUUGGCAUGGUUGUGUUGAUAAUACUUGUGCAAAAAUUUCAAGAAUUAUGCUCUACAGCUUAAAACCUAGAAAUUAAGCUGCAAGACUAGUGGCCCGACAGAGGAUUCAGCAGGUGCUCUGCCACGUGCACGUGGGCUUCCAGGUACUAUUUAAGAUGUUGGUUUUUGACUUGUGUAGCUCUAAGCAUACAGACAGUUGUAGUGAGAUCCAAGGAGAAGGAUAGAAGCCAUAGACAUGCAGCCGUUACUUCUGCACAAAUCUGUAGCAUCAGAGGUAUAGCCAAAAGCCUCCAAUUGGUUGGUGCGGGGGAGCAGGGCAGCUGUCCAGGAUAUUCUGUUGCAGACUGUGCUCCUAGUUGUGUCACUAGGGUGAGCCGAUCAUCCUAGCCUGGGCAUCGAGUGAGGGGGCAGGUGUAAGGCAUGCAGCUAGGGUGUCAUGUGAGCCAGUGCCACUGCAGGGGGAGGGGGCAGGAGUGGCUGGGGCGGGGGAGGGGGCAGAAGAUGCCAGGGGAACCGCACGACAGCGUUGGGUCUGGACAGUCCACGUGGCCCCCUGCCCCAGCCGGACAGCCCUGAGCUGCUGGUCCCCUGGUAGUAGCCAUAGCAGUGUGACCCAGAAGGGCCCUUCCGCACUAGGUAGGACUCCUUAAAGGGCCCCAAAGGCAUCCCCACACCCUCCUCCAAGUGCCCCUUCCCAACACUGUGCACCAGGUGCAGAAAUGAGCCCCUUAAAGGGCCAGAAGGGCAGCGGGCGAGAAGGAGCCCGGCUCUGCUCAGCGUUGCUGGGAACAGCUCAGUGCUGCAGAGGGCAGGCACUUCUGGAGGGCAGCAGAGUGCCAGCACCGUGACGUGGUGCCCAGCCCCGGCCAGGCCGUGGCAAAAGCCCUCAGCUUGCUUGUACGUCAGCCAAUCCCCAGUUGGCAGAGCUGUUCAGCGGGUGCUCGUGCUCCAUAGCACUUAGGCCUCUUGUUCAAUCAGUCCCAAAUUUUGUUCUCAAUGGGACACAUUCAUUAAUGCACCAUAGUGACUGCACAUUAAUUUUAGUACUU